GGGAGCAUUUAUUUCCAAAAGAAAAUGUAAUAAAAGGGAGCAUUUCAAAUUUGUAAAAUUAGUGAAAGGAGGAAGAAAAUCUGAAGUCGGUGGUACUAGAGAGAUUGAGAUUGAAUAUGUCGAUGUAUCUUCGUCUUAGUAGAUGUGCCUCUCUCAAUUCGCUCUUCCACAACUCACUGCUUUCCACCACCGUCAGAUGCUGUUCUUCUUCAUCGCCGUCGCCGUCCGGUAAGUCUAAGCCUGAUAAGAAAAAGCUCGGUGAUCGUCUUUCCGCUGUUAUAGACGCCGCCAACGAUCGUAAACUACCUCCCGAACUUCGCGGCCAACGCAACAAUGUUAGGUCAGAAACCGACUUGAUCAAUGUCGUUGAGCAAAGAAUAUGGCAUUCAAUGGAAGAAGGACAAUUUGAGAAUUUACCGGGGAAAGGAAAGCCGCUUAAACUUGACACAAAUCCUCAUGCAGAUCCAGCUGAAGACACCUUAUACAGAAUCCUUUCGAAAAAUGGAUGUGCACCGGAGUGGGUUGAACUUAACAAAGAGAUAAGAUUUAGAAUAUCUGAAUGGAGGAAGUCCUUGAAGAAAGCUUCGGCAAAUAAAUGCAGUGAAGAUCAAUCUAUGUGGGUUGGAAGUUCACAGGCUUUGAAAUCGCAGUUAAAGGAAAUCAAUGAUAAGGUUUUCCGGUAUAAUCUCAUUGUGCCUUUUGGUCGGCAAAUGAACGGCCUGAAGUGGGAGAAAGAGCUAGGUAAUUUAGAUGAAUGAUGAAAUUUACUGUUGAGGCGACUGGUAUAAUAUUAUAGAAUAUUACGAUUUGUUAUUUUCCUAAAGGGUGGUUGUGCCAGCUGAAUAAUCAACUGGCUUCAGUUAUAGUUCAACUUCGGUUGAUUAAUUCGUUUUACUAGCAAUGGCUUGAUAAGGCUAGCGAUCUCGUAGCUGUUAUGAUCCUUCGUUCGAGCUUAGUAUGGCUGUACUUAUAUGGUGUAUUACCUUCAAUUAGAACAUCACCCCCUUCCUUUAUCCAUGUGCAAUUUGGGUAAGCAGAAGGAAAAGUGUAAUGAAAAUGUAUGGGAAAUUAAGUGGUCUUAAAAAUUAUACUAUAAUAUGCAUUGUGUUGAUUGACAUGUUAUAUUUUGCAUAAGGCAA